AUGUCGUCCUCGCUGACAUCCAUCCUCGAGAACCUCUUGUAUCUACCACACAAUCUCAACAAGACAGAAAUGGCGGACGUCGCUCUGGGAGUCGUGGGCGUGGCCCCCGUCGUGCUGCAGUACCCACUCAGAGCGGGCAUAGAGACCAUCAAGUUCUGCAAAGCCAUCAAAAACGCCCCGGAGGACUUUUACGAGCAGGUAGUGAGAGUCGAGAACAACUGGUUGCAGAUCAAGCACCAGCUCGACCAGGACCGCACGGAUGCCAUGACCGAGGAGCAGCGCCAGUCCCAUCGCGAAACCACCAGAAUCACCCUGUUUAAGUUGGAGACUGUCCACAAAGAACUGCUGGACAUUUCGAAGAGCAUUCGGCCGGGUGAGGCCCGGGAUAGUGACCUGCAUCGCCGCAUGCGUGUGCGCUUUGCCUGCAAAAAGCAAGCACUGGUUGAUGCAAUCGAUGUUUUGGAGCAAUGGCGAGGACUGCUAAAGGCUUCCAGUGUGUUGGUAAAUAGCAGUCAGGAGAGCAUGGUUUGCAGCCCCGGACCUGGCAUGACGCCCAGCAGCACAGGUGGCGAAAGCGCCACCGUCGUUUGUGGGCAGACGAAGUCAUUCGAACUGGGAAAGUUUCUCCCAGCUGAGACUCUGCGUAAUGUCAAACGCAUCCCCGUUGCAAUGUCAAGCUUCUCUGUCAUUACCAUGAACCAGAACCGAUACCUUAUCGACGCCUUCAGCUACGACCCGGCUCCGCCGCGUUCGGCAUGCCCCAUUUCCCGAGACGUCCGAACUCUGGCCCGGAAGAUAGAGGCAAGCCAAGACCAUCUUGCCGGACUCUUGUCCUGCAAGGGCGUCGUGGCAAGCAACACAACGGGCCCAAGUAGUCUUGCUCUCCUCUUCCGGCUGCCAGCGGGCUUUACCGAACCGCGCAGCCUCCGCGACACUCUCAUGUCUACCCCCGCACCGCCGCUCUCAGACAUUGUGCAGAUUGGACAGAACAUUGCCGAAGCCAUCAGCCUGGUACAUGCCUUUGGAUUCGUCCACAAGAACAUCAGGCCGGAAACGGUAGUCAUUCGGCGCGACGAGACAUCUGGCCGGCCGUCUGCGUUUCUGAUCGGGUUUGAGAAGCUGCGGCUCGACCUUGGUAUGACGCACAAACUCGGCGAUGAGAUUUGGGGCCAAAACUUGUACCGACACCCUAGUCGCCAUGGCCAAUCCCCAGUGGACUAUUUUGUCAUGCAGCAUGACAUUUACAGUCUUGGGGUGUGCUUGCUCGAGAUUGGACUGUGGGAGUCGUUUGUGCAUACCGAGCAAACCGGGUCGUCGUCGGCGACCAGGACACGGCCGUCGGACUGGUUCCAGCAAAACGCCAAAAGAUCAGAGGGAGGCAGUCCUGUGCUUCUGAAACAAGACUUGGUGGCAUUGGCAAGUGAUCUUUUGCCGCGGCGGAUGGGUUAUCUGUACACGAAUCUUGUCAAGACGUGCUUGACCUGUCUGGAUACCAACAAUGAGGAUUUCGGCGACGAGUCUGAAUUCUUGGAUGGCGAUGGAAUACUAGUGGGAGUUCGAUAUGUCGAAAAGGUAUGUGUUUCAUCACUCUAA